AUACCCUUCUUUCUCGAUUUCCCGAAGUUACACGAAUCAUGUUUCCGUUAGACGCUAAGGAAGUUCGUCGUAACUAGUGUCGUCGUUGAUGCACUGAAUUAUGCCAAAUCUGGCUACACUGUUUGGGACAGAGGUGAACUUGAUAGUCAUACAAUAAACAUUGUUAACGUUCACGAAGUCAGUUUUUAUUAUACCGGUUUAAACAACGUGCCUAUGAUAGUAGAUCGUCUCUCAGUAUUCAUUAGGAAACGAAUCCUACAGUUAGUGAUUUAGCACGCCCAUCUCUAUUUUUAGUGGAUUUGUUUUGUUUAUUUUUUUAUCAACGUUCUAACCUAACAAGUAAACGUAAUAGAGAAAAAUAAUUUAACGUUUGUAGUGACGUACGGAAUUAUAAAAAGUGCAGAUUUAUGAUUUUAUCAUAUUUAUAUAACAUUCUAAAGUUUAAAAAAUGGGAGUUAUUAUUCUUCGUGACAGUUUUUAUCGGUUUGAAAUGGUCCAGGAUUAUUACGUUCCGACCAGACGUAGAUCAUUUGAUCGAAUUACAUAAAUGUCCAGCAUGUUUUGGUACCUCUGCUUGUAACGAUAUUCGUAAAGUAGAUAUCACACCGUACGAUUCCUAUUCAGCAUUUUCUUACUUCUUCGGGGUAAAGAAUGUAUUUUUCGGGUUCCUUGAUGGAAACAAGGUUCUGUUAAAAAAGUUGGCACAUUCGACCGAAUUAAAUGAAUUCGAUCGAAUGCUUUGCGAAAAUAAGAACUUUGCUCAUAUUUGUACAAGGGAUUUAGAGAAACUGUACAAUGAAACGAAUAUUAAUUUUUACGAGCUUGUUGUACAAGAAGUCACGUUAGAUUUUACAAAGGAUAACUUGAGUCGUUUAAGAGUUUGUCCGAAUACACAACGUUUAAGCAAUCUUUUACAGCAUAUAUAUCUUAAUAAUAAGCACGUUGAUUCCAAAAUACUUGAUAUUAAUAUUUGGACGUCCAUAGUUCUUAAUCCCGAGCCUCUCAUACUUCAGAUAUUAUCUGUGGACAAAAAUUGGCCGGUACCAAAAUAUUUGGGUGCAUGCGGACGUAUUGUAAUCGAAGAAUACAUCGGAUUACCGUUGACAUCUUACUAUAACAAACCGUGGUUACUCAGAGCUAAAAUAGCUUCAAGUAUUUUAAAUGCUGCUCACAUGUUCACUUAUAGAGACAAUGACUUUGGGUUUUAUUUAACCGACGUAUCAGCCGAUAAUAUAGCCAUCGAUUCGAAUAAUAAUGCAAAGUUCGUGGAUUUAGAAAAUAUGAUUAUUGUUGAUAAAAAUUUUUUAUCCGAAGAAGAAUCAACAACUUGGAACCGAUUACAAGAAAAUACUGAAAACUUGAAUUGCACAGAUUGUUUAGUAUAUUCUCCCAUUGAAAUAUGUGAUCACAAAAUCAGCGAUCACAAUUAUUAUGCAAUAUGUAAGAUAUUAUUAGCAUUUAAUAUAAAUAACAGUGUGUUUCCUGAUGGUCUUCUACAUAAUAUACCUGCAGAUAUAUUAAAGAAUUAUCCAAAUGUACGAUAUUUAACUGAACAAUGCGUCACACCUCAGAAACCAUUCACUAGAAUAAUUGCAGGAAUGCAACUUAAAGAAUUACUAGAUACUAUAAUAAAAGACGAGGAAAAAUGAAGAAAUAAAUUAAAUCAAGAUGGGUUAGUGUUUAGAAUUAUUGAACAAAUAUUUACAGAA